UGAACACAAUGCAUUAUGGGUAACAGCAAUCAGGUGUGGUGGUCUCAAGUAAACCACACAAAACCAAGAAAAGCAUCUGGAAUUGUGUUUGUUGUUGUUGCUGCAGCAAGCAGAGGAGCGUCAUUUGGAAUCUGCAACCUGUAUCGCACUCACCUGUACUGUGUGAGCCGGCAGGUGACAACCAAGUUGCUGGGAUUCGACUGGGAGAAUUGCGGCAAGCCGGACGCCGCCGCCGUGAUGAGGACCCUCAUGGUGUCGCCCGACCCCAUCAGCAUCCCGGGCGAGGUGACGGCCGCCGCCUCCGGGACGACGUCCGUGGAGCUCGCUGCUCCUCUCGGCGUCAACGUGACGUUGGAGAAGGAGGUUGCAGGGUUCUGGGUGAAGGUUCCGUGUUUGGAGGAAAUGGGAAGCUGUCACUAUUCUGACGCCUGCGAUGUCCUGGACCAGCUGAUCCCUCCUGGACAAGACUGUCCAGAACCUCUGCACACCUACGGACUGCCCUGCCGCUGCCCCUUCAAGCCUGGUUCGUACUCGCUGCCCGAGUCAGACUUCUUCCUGCCCCACAUGGACCUCCCAUCCUGGCUGACUAACGGCCACUACCGGCUUCAUGGAGUCCUGGGCAGUGAGGAAGAAGAGCUGGGCUGCCUGAAGGUGGCGCUCUCUGUCAGCUCGGACUGAGGGGCCGUGUGCGACGUAACCGAGACCACCAUGGUCUAAAUCCUUUUCAUGGAACGAGCAAUUUCUUCUCUUGCUCACUUUUAAAUGUGAACUUUUUAUUCCUCAGGCUUUUACUUUUGUGAGUCAUUUCAAAGUUUUUCAAAAAUAAAAUUAUUUUCAUGAA